AUGUCGGACCAUCCGCACUCUCUCGGCGCUGGCACUUUGGAAGUUGACUAUGAGGCCCUUCCAGAUGACGCCAGCAUAGCCGCCCACCUCUCUGCUGGCGCUUUCGCCGGUAUCAUGGAGCACACUGUCAUGUAUCCAGUAGACUCGUUGAAGACUAGAAUGCAAAUGUUGGCUUCAGGCGAGGCCGUGAACCGCUCCGUCAUUUCUUCCAUAAGCAAGAUCUCUUCUAGCGAGGGUGCUUACGCCUUGUGGCGUGGUGUCUCGCUGGUUGUGCUUGGCGCUGGACCUGCUCACGCAGUCUACUUCUCUGUGUUCGAGGCCACAAAGACAUUCUUGGUCAACCAAUUGACCAAAAAAUCCAAUAAUAAGUGGGUCACCGACGAAACGCAUCCUUUGAUUGCCUCUGCCGCUGGUAUCACCGGAACAGUGGCCUCCGACGCCUUGAUGACUCCAUUCGACAUGUUGAAGCAGAGAAUGCAGGUUGCUCAGGCCAAAUCUUCGGGACUGAAUCUUUUGAAGACCGCCGUUAGCAUCUAUCUGAAGGAAGGUCUCAGCGCAUUCUUCAUCUCGUAUCCAACCACUUUGUUCACGAACAUACCGUUUGCUGCCUUGAACUUCGGUUUCUAUGAGUAUUCGUCCUCAAUUUUGAAUCCAACCAACACAUACAACCCAUACUACCAUUGUCUUUCUGGUGGUAUCGCUGGUGGUAUCGCUGCUGCAUUGACAAAUCCUUUUGAUUGUGUGAAGACCGCUUUGCAAACAAGAGGAGUAUCUAGUCAUGAGUCCCUACGUAACGUAAACGGAUUCAUCAGUGCUGCUAAGGUCUUGUACCGUCAAGGUGGCAUGGCUGCAUUCAUGAGAGGUUGGAAACCAAGAAUCAUCUUCAACAUUCCAAGCACUGCUAUCUCUUGGACCGCCUACGAAAUGGCCAAGGAAGUGUUGUUGAGGGACUAA